GCCCUUCGUUACAGCAAGCCCCCAACUGUAAGCCUUUUGGCGUGAGACUCAAAUCACGGGCGGGAGAAGAGCGAGCCAGUCGGUUGGCGAAAGAAAGAAAGAAAGAAAGGAGAAAAAAAAAAAAAAAAGCUGUAACGUUUGGAGUUUAAAACCGAAAUAAUUGUCUUAAAUUGCUUUUUAAUCGCUGACCUAUUUUUCAACGAGUCGAGCAAAACUUUUUACGUUAAAGUAGUGGGUUUUUUUUGGUUUUUUUAUGGGUCGAGGAGGAAGUCGGAUAACGAAACAUUAACCAAGAGCAACGCUAUCGACAUAACUUACCGAAGAGGGACGGGAAGUGAUUCAACAGUUUAAAGAUGAUCAUGAAGGGGCAAAAGCGUAAAUUCCCACCAGAGGAUGUGGAGGUUUCAGACGGGAGCAGCCUGGCCUGGGAGAGCCAAAGACAGUUUGUGUUCUCAGUUUCCCUGAGCAAGUAUCAGCGUGGCCAGGAGCUACCUGAACCCAGUCUGAGGAGGUCCGUUCUGAUAGCCAACACACUGCGGCAGAUCAGCAUAGAGGCUUGCAGGACACCCCCUGUAGAAGGGGAAAUUUCAGCUUUCAGCUCUUCAUCUACACUCCAGGCGAAAGAGCAGGAGAGUAUUUUCACCGGAUUUACAGUAGCAAAACCUCACUCUGCAGUAGCGGUUACUAACAACCACUCAGCACUUGCCAGCUGCCCCCUGGUUUCCUCAAAUUACUUGUCAAAUUACGUUACAAGUAGGUGUCCAACAAGCUACCACGUGAAUACAUCAAAUGUCCCUCUGUCUGUAGGAGACGAAGAUGAGGACUGGGGAUCGAUGUCCACUGAUCCUGAUUUCUCCCUUUCAGCUGCCAUUUCUUCUAUUCUUGUUGCACUGGACUCUACCAUUGAUGGGAGCCCUCAGGCAGCUCCGCGGACACCUCUCCGGUCCCUGGAGAACCUGUCGAGACCCCCUGAGGGAAGUGUGGCAUGGGUAAAACAGGGAGUCAGAGGUUAUGGGGGCAGCUGGGAGCAGCAGGAAGAGUGCAGAGUACGGGAGAACAACAUGGAGGUGAUGAGGUCCAGCUACCUCACUGAUCUCACUGUGGAGGAUCUGUUCCAGGAUAUAGACACAUCCCUGCUGGAGAGGGACAUGGGAGUGCUUGGGCUUAGAGGCAGUGGAGGUGGAUACCCAGCUGGGGAUGAUCUCCUUCGGUACCUGCCACCUUUCUCUCCCUCCUCUUCCUCCUCACACCCCAUCUCCCUCUCUCUCAACCAGAAUCUGAAGUGCCUACCUUCAUUCUCCUCAUUUAGCCCAUUGUCUUCCUCAUCAUCUUCCUCACCUUCUCUCUCUUUGCCAACAUCUUCUCCCUUCUCUGGUCAAAGUCAUGUGAGAGAGGGACUCGAGCUGGAGCAUCUGAUGGAGAUCCUGGUGGAGUCCUGAUGGCCUCAUCUUCACCAUACUGUAAGAAAUCCAGUUCAACAGGAAGUAACCCAAACAACAUUCACUAACUUUGUGGACAAAAAUUUAAUUCUUGAGGCAAAGGGCUGGGCUGUCAAACAUGUCGAAUAUUCCCUUUGUUGUUUUUAUAUAUUGCUCAAGAAACUGUGUAUUAUGGGCUUUAGGAAGUAGUAAGAAUGUUCUAGAAAUGUAGAAAUGUUUGAUGUCUAAGACAGAAAAUGCUCCGCAAGUGGUCUAGCAAGACGAGCAGCUUUGAUGCAUCUGACAGCUCUUACUGUAACACAAGACAAAAAAUGUAACAUGAAAGAUUUUUGUUCCUGGCAAAAUGGACGUCAAGUGAGAGUUAAAACUGUGUGGGUAGUAAGACAGAUAAAGCUGUGGUUUUACUUAAUAGAUAAGCAGUGAGUCACUGCAUAAUGAACUGCAGAAAAGUGUUUAAUACCAUUUUUCAGUUUGACUCAGCUAACUGGCACUAAUAAAGGGCAGUGGCUAACUAGAGAACAGGAUUUAGUCAGCAAAUGAAAAGUUGCCAGGAGGGGAGAAACAAUUACUCCAGCAGUGUUGCCCUGAGAUUUGUCAAACGCAUCACAGCUUCAGGUAAAUCCUGUGUUCACAUUGAACAUCCCGAGUUAUCUGGAGUAAGAAAAAAGCAGCAGCCAGUCACGUACUCAUGUUAAUUCAUGCAGUGGAUUGAACGUUGGGCAGCACAUUAGAAAAAAUUCCUUAUAACACAAGUGUAAAAUGUUAACGUGAGUUCUGAGAAAAUGUGAUUUGGCCGGUGUUGGAAGGAGAACGGUUGAAACACUAAUAUUAUGGGUCAAAUCUUCUGUGAAGAAAUCCUUUAACCUCAUAUUUACCAGUUAGUUAUAGGAUGGGCAUGAUAUCACAUGCUAUGAGAUCAGGUAAGGGUUUUAAAACAGUAGUAGCACCAAGGAAAAUAUGCUUUUUAUUCAUUGAAAACUUUUGCAUAUUUAUGAUAUCGUUUGGUUCGGCCCGAAGAAGAAAUUCAUAACAACCAGUAUUUUGUUGGGUUAGGGGGGAAAAAAAUGAAAUUUUAAGUGUGUAUAAUUCUUGAAGGUUAUCUUUAACUAGGCGAUUCUUAUUUGUAUCCCUCAGUUCAUCACCAGUUAUAUUUAAGUAACCAGUAGUUACCAGGAGGUACAAUAAGAUUACAUUUCAUUUAUGUAUUCCUGUAUUAGCAGUAAAGAAAGUUUCCCCUUGAAUAUUACUGAGUGGAAAAAGCACAAUUCUUUAUUUCCACUCAACUAGUUGACUGCCAAAUUAUUUCCCAUCUGAAGGCUGAAGAGUGAAACGACUUCGUUUCCUCUGAAAUGUUUCCUCUCAGAGACAGCCUGAGUGCAGCUGUGUGGCUCAGGAAACACAGUAACACGUGGUUUUUUGUAAUGGCUCCAUGCACAUUUUAGCUCAGAAAGAGUAUUUAGUGUCUUUUUAAGGGAUGAUUUUAUACGAAGAGCCUUCACAGUACUGUGAUUCUCAUGAAGUUGAAUGUGACAGUACACAGCCACCACCAGUAGGUGUCACAUUAUAUAAAAUCACAACCACUAAGCAACAGCUUCUGUUGUACAGAUUUAGUAUUGUUGAUCAGUCCUACAGGGUGUUCAUCAGUGCUACAGCCUCAGCCGCAUUGGCUGACAUAGUCUGAAUGGUGCUGACUUCCACCCCGUGAACAGUUGUUAACUCAGUAGGUCAGUUUCUGUUUCAGUGUUCAGAGUUCACAUGUUUUGUCUGGUUUACAUCUGAAUUAUUGCACUUUUGUUCAUAAUAUGCAUUUUAAGUCUCAGUCAUGUGAGCAUGUGGUUUGUUUUACUCUAUUUAUUAAGCAGUAACAUUACAGGUAAGAUUUGGUCAAAUUAUUCCUUGUAAACACAAAGUGGGUUCCUAUUAAAUGUUCUGUUAAUGCAUAUUGUUUAAAAGGAAAAGGAAAGGUGUCGAAGUUAACCAGUUCUAGGUGUUGAUUCAUCAUUUAAACCGACACUGCUAAAAUGCAUGAAUGGAGAAUAGCUGAGAUAAAUUGUUUGAGGAAGCACACGAUGUCUGUUUUUGGGGGUUUUUGUUCAUUUAUAUCCUGUUUAUGGAUCAUAGUUGCUUUCUAUGCAGAGGUCCUUUCUGAACAGAGGGGAUGCAGUCUCAAACUAUUUAUAAAUGGCAUAUUUUGUUAACAAGAUGAGUAAUUUAAUGUCAUACCAUAUUUGACAAUUCACUAAUGGUAUAUUAAUAUACUGUCAUGGCAGUUUUUUUUUUUUUGCUUUUCUCUACAAAUAUUUUAAUGGUUAUGUUUUGAAAUUGAGGGCAAAAUGCUCAAAUACUAUUUAGACUUUAAAAGAAGGCAAAUGUUUACCUGUACUGACGUUUUAAAU